AUGGAGGAGGGCAACGAGACGCUGGGGACCGAGUUCUUCCUCCUGGGGCUCUCAGACUCAGAGGAUCUGCAGAACUGGCUGUUUGUGCUCUUCCUGCUCAUCUACUUGGCCAACGUGCUGGGCAAUGUGGGCAUCAUGCUGGUGAUCUGGACUGAGCCCCCGCUGCACACGCCCAUGUACUUCUUCAUCAGCAUCCUGUCUUUCAUCGACAUCUUCUACUCCUCCACCACCGUGCCCAAGAUGUUCGCCCACUUCCUGGUGCAGGGGCAGGCCAUCUCCCGCCGGGGCUGCCUGGCGCAGAUGUUUUUCUUCCACUUCCUGGGCAGCACAGAGGCCAUGCUGCUCACGCUCAUGGGCUUCGAUCGCUACCUCGCCAUCUUCAGCCCGCUGCGGUACCCGCUGCUGAUGACCCGGCGCCUCUGCCUGGCGCUCACCGGCCUCAUCUGGGCCGUGGGCUUCUUCCACUCGCUGCUGCACGUGCUCAUGAUGAGCCGGGUGGCCUUCUGCCGAGGCCGGCGCGUCCAGCACUUCUUCUGCGACAUCGCGCCCCUGCUGAAGCUGGCCUGCUCGGACGUCCACGCCAACGAGGUCCUGCUCUUCGCCGUCACUGGCUUCCUGGUGCUGGGCUGCUUCUCCCUGACCUCGCUCUCCUACGUGCUCAUCGUCUCCGCCGUGCUGCGCAUCCACUCUCCGGAGGGCCGUCGGAAAGCCUUCUCCACGUGCGCCGCACACCUGACCGUGGUGGUCAUCCACUACGGCUGCGCCGGCUUCAUGUACCUGCGCCCGCGCUCCCGCCACACCCUGUCCCAGGACCGCGUGGUGGCCGUGCUCUACACCGCCGUCACGCCGCUUCUCAACCCGCUCAUUUACACGCUCCGAAACAAAGAGGUCAAGGCCGCGAUCAGACGGGCUGUGGGCCGCAGGCUGGGGAGCCAGGGGGACUGA